UCCCACUGUCCUGAACACCUCCAUUGGACCAGAGGGACCACUACUAUAAACAUACCCAGAGUCCCAGCGAGAGAAGACCUCGUCAUAUUUAUUCCACGGCCAAGUUUGGGAACCUUUGUGACUAUUUUCACAGUUUUUGUGCUGUGCGGAAAACUCCUUAUACUUUUGAAAAUAUCGACAGUUGAAGCAGCAGCAGCCACGACUGAGCUCGCGACUUUUCUGUUCAGAAAGUUGCGCUCAUGUGAAUUCACAGUCGAGAUUUUGUUUUCCAAAAGGGAGCUAAACGUAUAGAAGAGGAGAAAACCUAAAUGAGGAUUACGUUUCUGCUGUGAGGUUCAACACCGUCGAGUAAAGAGGACUUUCUCUCGCGGGGAGCAGAAAGGCAUGUAGCGCAGCAUCGACGCAGGAGGAUAAAGUCUGAUCCAGGGUCACCUACCAGCAGCUGCUGCUCCUCAGACUGUGGCUGUGUGUCUGGGAAUAUGUGCAGUCAGAGUCAUAUUGCCCCAAAAACAUCUCACUACAGAGCCUGUCUCAGCUCCAUGCACCCGCUCUUCCUCCCUCUUCUCAUCAGCCUCGUCCUUCUCCUCUCCGUACAUCUUUGGGAAUGGGCCAGCGCCUUGCCAGGGUGCAUCUUUCCACCCGAUGGUGUAGCCGGCGUCGUGCGAGAGUGAGGAGGGCAGCGGCCAGGUCAUAGAGCCCACCCAUCCCUCUCUCUCCCUCUCUCCGCUUGCUUGGACUUUGACUUUUGUCCCUUUGACUUCGCCGUGACGUCCAGCCAGCCAUGCCCUUCCGGUUGAAGCUGCGGCGCACACGGCGCUACAAUGUCCUGAGCAAGAACUACUUUGUGACGCGGAUACGCCUGCUGGACAGCAACGUGAUUGAAUGCACUUUGUCAGUGGAGAGUACGGGACAGGAAUGUCUGGAGGCGGUGGCCCAAAGGCUGGAGCUACGGGAGACCCAUUACUUUGGGCUGUGGUUCCAAGGAAAGACUCAGACCCCGGCCCAGCGCUGGGUGGAGCUGGAGAAACCCCUGAAGAAGCAGCUGGACAAGUUUGGCAAUGAACCACUGCUCUUCUUUGGAGUCAUGUUCUACGUGCCCAGCGUUUCCCGGCUGGAGCAUGAAGCCACCAGGUAUCAGUAUUAUCUGCAGGUGAAGAAGGACGUGUUGGAUGGACGUCUCCACUGCACGGUAGAGCAGGGCAUCAGACUAGCUGGCCUAGCGGUACAAGCUGACUUUGGCGACUUCACCCAGUUCAUGUCUCAGGACUUCCUCAGGGAGUAUGUGCUCUUCCCAGUGAACUGGCCAAAUGGAGAUGAGGUGCUGGAGGAGUGGACCCAGAAAGUUGCUGAGGAGCACAAGAGUCAUUGUCGAAUGCAGACUGCUGAAGCAGAGCUUCUGUACAUCAAGGAGGUGGAGAAACUGGACGGGUUUGGCCAGGAGAGCUUUCCUGCUAAGGACAACUACACGAAUGACAUUUUCAUUGGUGUCUCCUUCAUUGGUGUGUUUGUCAAACACAGAAAUGGCAGAUCUAUUAUGCUUCAUAAGUGGAAGGACAUUGGCACCAUAGCACACAACAAGUCAGCCAUCACAGUGGAGAUAACAAGCAGAGACGACACCAUCAUUUUUCACACAGAGGAUAUGGAAAUGGCCAAGUACAUCGCUCGGCUUUUCACGGCCAGACACAAAUUCUACAAACAGAACAAGAUCUGUGCAGAGCCCACUCAUUCACCUGCACCAAUCAGGAGGAGACCCACUUGGACCCACCGCCUGUCUCUGCCACGCCCCCAGUCCUGUAACUUCCAGUCCAUGCAUUCCCAGUAUGGAGAGCAUUAUCAGGACACACAGAGCUCGCAAGACAGUAUCUUCCAUGAUGACCCCUACUACAAGUCUGAGACCAGUCUGGACCGCUGCCAGGACUUCCCCUUCAGAAACGGCACUGUGCCAAACGGCAGCAUGUACAGCAGCCCCAGCCUGAGUUCCCUCAAUCACUCCCAGACUUUUGUCCCGCCCUCCCCCAUGUCCUCCAACCUCAGCAUCCCUGGCAGUGAGCUCAUGCGCCCCGACUACAUCCCAAGCCACCGCCACAGCGCCAUCAUCGCUCCGUCCUACCGGCCCACGCCUGAGUACGAUGCUGUCAUGCGGCAGAAACGGCGAAUGCUCCCUGCUCACCAUGACCUCCACAGCCAAUCCCUGCGCAGCCUAAACAUCAGUAAUGCAUGUGCGUACCGCCAGCCUGAGGCUCUGGUGUACAGCCAGCCAGAGAUGAGGGAAAGGGGUCCUUAUCACGGCCUGGGGCCCAGCCCGGGGCCGUACACUCCACAGAUCAGCUACAGCAAGCCAGUAUCUCAUGGCCCUCAUCAGGGUGGACCUGCCAGCAGUCAGGGCCCCUGUCACUCACCGUGUGUUAACGGAGGUGGAGGUAGCGGCGUAGUUGGAGGUGUGGGAAGCUCCAUCUCUCAUACUGUCAGCACACCAGAGCUGGCUAACACCAAACAGCAGGGAGCCAGUGCAGGAAGCUAUGCAGUUACAGCAAACAUGUUGAGAAACCACAUGUCCCGUCCACCCCCACCAUACCCUUCUAGCUCUUUCCGCCCGGCGACCAGCACCCCUGACCUGGCGAGCCACCGUCAUCGCUGUAUUGGAGGCAGCAGUCCAGAGCUGGUGACCCGCAUGGUGCAGCUGUCUGUGAAGACCUUCCAGCCGGACAGCUCAGCCGUGGUCCACCAGUCUCUGCAGGAGGUGAGUGAACCACUAACAGCUGCUGCUAAGCACCGCUCCACCCUAGGGAAGAGGCACAGCAUGGAGGUGAUCAGCAGCAUGAGAGGAGGAGGGGUGGAAGGGAUAGUGAUGAAGGGGAUGAAUGCACCACUUCAUCGGAGGAACACGCUCAGAGAACAUGUGAUGCCUCCUCAGCCUCAGCCCAUUCCUCAGUCACCACCUCAGCCUCCACCUCCGCCUCAGCAGCCACAGGAGCUGCCCAUCCAAAUGACUCCACAAAAAGCACCUGAGACUUCUGUCGCUCCACCUGCGCCAGUGUCAUACCAGCAUCAAAAGACUCUCUCCAAUGCGACCAUGCUCAUCCAUAGCAGUGAAAGUGAAGAGGAGGAGGAGGAGGAGGAAGAGGAGAGGCCUGAGCUGGACGUUCAGAUCCCGAGUCUAAAUGAAGACAUAAGCAUCAGUGCCCAACUCCAAGCUGCUCUCGCCAAGCUGCCCAACAAACCCCCUCCUGAGUACCCGGGUCCUCCUCGACCCCCCAGCAACACUCAAAUCCGCACUCACCCUCACAAUCACAACCACACCCACCACAACCAUAAUCAAGGACCACAGAGCAGCAACCAAGGACCUAUGGACCCCAACCAGGCCCAGGGCCGAGCGCCUAAAACUGGGCAGAGCUUGGGUGGAAGUGGGCCUGAAAGUAGUAGUGGUGGAGCAGGGGCUGGUGGGACACUGACCCGUGGGGACCAGGGUGGGGUGAACGGAGCUGUUUUAGGUCCUUCCCUUUCAGAACCAGACUUGACCAGUGUGAAGGAGAGAGUGAGGAAGGAGCCGGUCAAAGAGAGGCCGGUGUCAGAGAUGUUCUCCUUAGAAGACAGCAUAGUGGAGAGAGAGAUCGCUCAGAGGACACUGGAGCGGCAGAAGAUGUCGGUGGACUCCAUGAAAAGACCGCUGAUGAUGGCCGCCCUCAACGGCCUGUACGUGGCCCGAAUGCCAGUUCCUGAGAGUCCUGCGGAGGAUGGUGCCAAGGCUGCCACCGAUGAACGGUGUAAGACCUUGGAGUUGAAGUUGGAGGAGGAGCGGGUUUUCACCGAGUACGAGCAGGUUCCCAAGAAGAGGGCAGACUGUGUGCUCACCACAGCAACCCUGCCUGAAAACACGGAGCGGAACCGUUUCCGUGAUGUUGUUCCGUAUGAAGAGAAUCGAGUUGAGCUUGUACCAAACAAGGAGAACAACACAGGCUACAUCAAUGCCUCACAUAUCAAGGUGAUGAUCAGAGGGGAGGAGUGGCACUAUAUUGCCACCCAGGGCCCGCUGGCCAACACCUGCGCUGACUUCUGGCAGAUGGUCUGGGAGCAGGGGGUCAACGUCAUCGCCAUGGUUACAGCUGAAGAGGAGGGUGGCAGGUCCAAGAGUCACCGUUAUUGGCCUAAACUGGGCUCCAAACAUAACUCAGCCACUCAUGGAAAAUUCAAAGUGACCACCAAAUUCCGCACCGACUCAGGCUGCUACGCCACCACGGGGCUUAAAGUCAAACACCUGUUGUCAGGCCAGGAGAGGACGGUGUGGCACCUGCAGUACACUGACUGGCCUGAGCAGGGCUGUCCCGAGUAUGUCCAGGGAUUUCUGUCCUACCUGGAGGAGAUCCAGUCUGUGAGGAGACACACCAACUCCAUGCUGGACACCUCAAAGAGUCUCAACCCCCCUGUGGUGGUGCACUGUAGUGCUGGGGUGGGCCGCACAGGAGUAGUCAUCCUCACUGAGCUCAUGAUCAGCUGCCUGGAGCAUAAUGAGCCAGUGGAAGUUCCCACCAUGUUGUCAGGACUGAGGCAGCAGAGGAUGCUGAUGGUGCAGACCAUCAAUCAGUACAAGUUCGUCUACCAGGUCCUCAUCCAGUUCCUCAAGAACUCCCGCCUCAUUUAAGCCUUGGACUCAGACUGAUGACCUUACAUGAUGGAGCAGAUAAUGACUACGGUACUUCAGAGUGCCACGAGUACAGCACAAGCUCAUUGGACAAAGAUUCAGAGUUUGAUGCUGACAUUUGUGGCAUUUUAUGGAAACUCUUCUAAUUUUCUUUCAAACUCUCUUUGAGGGUGGGAAGCAGUUGUUCAGGCCUGUAUACAAGUUAACGCUCAUUUGUCCUAAUCAGUGUAUUCAUUCAUUGUUUCCCCCUGUUUUGGAUUUAUCUUCAUUUUAUUUCUUUCCUUGUGAAAUUUCUGAAGGUAUGUCUUAAGAAAUCAGAUGUCACUAUCAGAUCGAAAAAUUGCCUGCCAGCUAUGUCUCAUUCAUUUUAAGCCAUGUCAAAAAAAUAUGACAAUAUGCUGCAUGAACAGCAGGGGGCAGCAGUAUUAUGACUGUUCUCCAGACUCUGAGAGAGUUUGCCAAACAAAAGUAUUUUUUAAAUCACUGUUUGAAAAUCUUCAUUUAUUCUUAACAGCGUAUUCAUUAAUACAGCAAAUACUUUCUUCAACAUUGUAACAAAUGUUUUUAUUUAUUUCUACUGAGGUUUUUGUCACCGUUAUCAUUGAACUAUGGAGCAAUUAUGAGUUUAUUGAUCCUUCACCUGCCUUUUUUGUCUUAAUGUUUACUGUGCUUUCAAAAGCCUUCCUUGUUAUUCCUGGAUUUUCUGUUUGUAACAUUUCUAUCGAGGUCCCUCUGUCACACAGAGACAAAGUUGAACACUUUCUUGUUUCUCAUACCACAGAUCUUCCUAUUCCAAUGUGUUGUGUCACAUUUCUUUUCUAAAAGCAUUUCAAAGCUGUUAAAAAAUUGUACAUAUUUUAUAAUUACCUUGUGUUGUAACUGUUUUGCAUAACUGUUUUGCAGAAUUGUGUCCCUAAGCAUCAAAUACUGAGUUAUUGUGCCUUAUUGAAACAUGGAGAAAACUAAAUCCUUUUUAACCUCCAAAGAUGAAAUCUUUAAAAUCAGUAUUUUAUAGCCCGUUUUUGUUAUUGAAGUAACAUUUCAUAUCUUUAAUAUCUGGUAGAGGAACGCGAAUGUCUUUGUUUUUACUUACAAAGAAAGUAUUAAUGGCAAUAUUAUGCUUCUAAAGGCAGCCAUUUUUAAUAACUGACCCAAUCCCAGUUGGAUACAAUUCUGCCACUCAUUUAAAGCCUGUCUAUGAAAUCCUACUCUGAAGAUCUCAUUUAGCCUUUAAUUCUAAAUACACUUCUUAAAUUUUGUUUCUGGAUUAUAAUGAAAAUUCAGCCAUGUCCAAAAUAACUUUGUAUAUACCGGGCAUGUGAGAAAAGAUUUUUACAAAAUAUUUUAUAUAGUUUUUGACUUGGUACUCUUAAAAUACUGCAACAUCAUAAACUAUGCAUGCAUUUUUAUAUUUCAAUGUAUAUACUCUCAAGUAAGUAUAAGCUUAUGCUCUCUUGACUUCUAAGUGUUUUGUUGCACUUCUGUUCCCUUUGUGACAGUAUUUCCUCACAUGGCAUUCCACUGUUUGUUGGUAUUUAAUUUUUCCCCAUUUUUUUUGCUUGGCAAAACUUUCAAAUACGUUUCAAAGUAUGUGUAAAUAUGUUUUGUAUAUGCAUUUUCAGUGCAUCAAGUCUUCUGUUUUUUUCUCCCCAGACAUGUAUGAAGCUGUUGUACUUGCUUAUUAUGCAAUAAAGCCUUAUUUUCUUUAAAA